GUCAGGACCCCGCACAGCGAACGCCCAAGGAAGUCCGCGGCGCUCACCUGCCCAGAUUUCUGUAUUCAGACGAAGUUCAAAUUGGCCCGGAAACAGUUAUGACCACUCUGUAUACUGCUAAGAAAUACGCAGUCCCAGCCUUGGAAGCACACUGUGUGGAAUUUCUCACCAAACACCUUAGAGCAGAUAAUGCCUUUAUGUUACUUACUCAGGCGCGACUAUUUGAUGAACCUCAGCUUGCUAGUCUUUGUCUAGAUACAAUAGACAAAAGCACGAUGGAUGCAAUAAGUGCGGAAGGGUUUACUGAUAUCGAUAUAGACACACUCUGCGCAGUUCUGGAAAGAGACACACUUAGUAUUAGAGAAAGUCGGCUUUUUGGAGCUAUUGUACGAUGGUCAGAAGCAGAAUGUCAAAGACAACAGUUGCCUGUGAGUUUUGAAAACAAACAGAAAGUUCUAGGAAAAGCACUGUCCUUGAUCCGGUUCCCACUGAUGACCAUUGAGGAGUUUGCAGCGGGUCCUGCUCAGUCUGGAAUUUUGUCAGAUCGUGAAGUGGUAAAUCUUUUUCUUCACUUUACUGUCAAUCCUAAACCCCGAGUAGACUACAUUGAUCGACCAAGAUGCUGCCUCCGCGGAAAGGAAUGUUGCAUCAAUAGGUUCCAGCAAGUAGAGAGCCGUUGGGGCUACAGUGGGACGAGUGAUCGAAUCAGAUCAUUGAAUAUGAAAAGAAGCAAACCCUGGGACAAAAUGAUACUGGAUUUAGCUGUGAUGGGAGUGCGAGCACAUUCAGGGUCAUGUUCAAAGAGCCCAUCGAGAUCCUGCCCAACGUGUGCUACACCGCAUGCGCGACCCUCAAAGGUCCAGAUUCCCACUAUGGCACAAAAGGAUUGAAGAAAGUAGUGCAUGAAACAUCUGCUAGCAAGGCUGUUUUUUUAUUUUUUAGUUCACCUGGCAAUAAUAAUGGCACUUCAAUAGAAGACGGACAAAUACCAGAAAUAAUAUUUUAUACCUAAUUUAGCAUUAUAAUACAUCUUGGCUAAAUUGUACCAUACCGUCUAAUCUCAGCGGCAUAAAAAUCUGGCCACACAAAAAAUUUGAGUGUUAUGAAUAUUUAUAAUUUUAAGAUGAGAAACAUUUUAGUUUCUUAGAGGAGACAGAUAAAUGUUUAUUUAAAUCUCUGCAUAAUUUAAAGACAGAUUUUCCAUUUUCUUAAAACAUUAGGGGAAAAGAAAACUGGGUUUGUUUAAAAAAACACAGCUAUUUCAGCUUUAUCUUGUAUAAUUUCAUAGAUCAACUGACGCAUGGUCUUUCAACAGUUUUAUAAUUGAAAGAUUUUUGUUAUAUAGCUGGUUUGUUUUGUUUGAAUUAUUUUUAAGGUUACAUGAGAUGACAUGGGUCAGUUUUCCUAUAGAAUUCCUAUUCCUCUAAUUUCAGACAUUAAGAAAACUGACCUUAUAUUUGGAGUUUUGAAAUACCUGUUUGUUAACAUUUGGAAUAUUGCUAGAAAUAGGCCUAAUAAAUGCCCAAGAAAAAUUUUCAAUGCUUUUACAGAAAAGGAUAUUUUGUAAUAGUUUAGUAAUGUGCUACAUAGUACAGUUUUAAACUACAAAUGGAAUUUGUACAAAUUCACAAUAAUGUGAUAAAGGAUCUGAGGUAUAGUCUAAGAUUAGAUUCUUUAUCACUGAACCACACCAUUACACCUGUCUGUCUGUAGGGGGUGCUGCUGAGAGUUCCCAAGGUUGAGAUGGGGGUGGUGAUGGUGGUGAGUGGGUAAACACACUUAAGGACAACAUUGGGGUGACAAGCUUACACAGCGCAAAAUAGAAUGAAAUACUAACAUUGCUAACAACUACUUUGAAAUUUUAAAGAUGUCCAACACAUCCCUCCUGCCGAAGUGACACCAUCUUUUGUCACCUACACUCUUGUAUCCAAGAAGUCAAACAUGUUUAAUAUUCAUGACUUCACACAUGUCACAGGAACAGCCGCAAUAGGAAGGAUAGGAAGUAGAUGUGGCAGAAUGAUAUUUAUACACUUUUUUAUAACGGAAAAUUUUUAUAUAAAUAACAUUCUUUUUUCUUUUGAAAACGAUUAUCUUAUAAAAACUUAUGUAUAAUUAAGUGUAAGUUGUGGAAGAUGGUUAAAAAUCACAAGUCAAAAAGUACCAACUUAAAUAGGAUUCAUUUUUUUCAAAGAAUAGUCAUGAGUAUGUAACAUUUCUUUCAUUGUAUUUCAUUGUAUAUUUUUAAGAAGGUCGUGAGGUUGCAUGUGGCAGAGGUCCCUUGACUUUGCUGAAGAAAAGGGACGUUUUUCUCUCCCUGGUUCCAUGACCUUGUGGAUCUAAACCUGCGUUAACUGGAGUACCUGUGGGAUGUGUGGUUCUGGUUAACCAGCAAACACUCUGCACCAACCACUGUGGAAAAUACUUCUGCCUUAAACAGGAUGGUGUACUAGCGAUAAGUCCAUGUUUUCCAAUGUUUGAGGCAUUUCGAAUGCCUCCAGGAUGUUGCACUGAACAGUGAUUGUAACUGAAGGUAGCUAUAGCGGAGGCACAAGAAACGGGAUUGUUUACUGAUAUGGGGCAUCCCUGGAAUUUUUAAAAAAUAAAUAUUAUCCAUUUA